AUGGGUCGCGAAGACCAGAUUGAAGAGCGCGAGGUGCUCGACUCAAUUUUCCCCGACGAGAUUACCGACAUCUCCGAAACUUCAUACCGAGUGUCCAUCACUCUAGACGUUCCCGAAUAUGGCGAAGAGGAAGAAGAGCCGCCUGUGAUCUUCCUCGAAGUUGCCUAUCCAGAAGAAUACCCCGAUGUUGGCCCCAACCUCAACAUUACUUCCCCGCCCAAUGCUCCGCGGCAUCCUCGACUCGAUGUCCAGGAAGACCGGGAUCAACUGAUGGAGGCCCUCCAGCCAACUAUUGAAGAGAACAUGGGUAUGGCCAUGGUGUUCACUCUAGUCAGUGCCCUCAAAGAGAGCGCCGAGCUUCUCAUGACCGAGCGGGCAGACGCCAUUCAAGCCGAGAAGGACCAAGCUGCUGCUGCGCGAGAGGAGGAAGAGAACCGCAAGUUCCACGGCACAGCGGUAACUGUCGAGUCAUUUUUGCAGUGGAGCGCGAACUUCAAGAAGGAAAUGCAAGAGGUCGAAACACGGCUACGCGAACAACAGGAAGCGGAAGACAAAAAGAAGAAGACCGCCAAGGACGAGAAAAAGCUGACAGGCCGACAAUUGUGGGAGAAGGGUCUGGCUAAGGGUGAUUACGACGAGGAAGAUGAUGAUGCCAUGCCUGCCGUUGAGAAGCUCAAGGUGGCCGCAUGA